UGUAAACUUUGAUGUAAGGUUAUGUUUAUAAUACAGAAAAGUUGCAAAAUAAAGUAAAAACAGCUGUACAGUGAAUAAGUUGAGUUUUUAGAGUUUUCAGAAAAAAAUUAAACGAAAUCGAUUAUAAAUGGAUGACACUAAAAGAACAAAGUUUAAAACGUUAAAAUGUGCAGUUUCUGAAGCAACAAUAAAUGCAAUUAAAAGUAUGGGAUUUAAAUAUAUGACUGAUAUUCAGGCUGAAGUUUUGCCCAAAGCGUUAGACGGGAUAGAUGUGGUAGCUACAGCUAAGACGGGUUCUGGAAAAACUUUAGCAUUUCUAAUUCCUGCAGUAGAAGUUGUAGUCAAACAAUCGCAAAAUAAUUAUCAAGGUACAUUUUGUAUCAUAAUAUCGCCAACUAGAGAACUUGCAACUCAAACAUAUCAAGUACUCCAGGAUAUUAUAUCAUAUCAUGAAGGAAUCACUUCAGCAUUAGUUAUUGGUGGUGAAAGUAGGAAAAUGCAAAGCAAUAGACUUGCUGCCGGUGUUCAUAUAGUUGUUGCAACUCCAGGAAGGUUGUUUGAUCAUAUGAGAACCAAGGAGUUUGACUACAGUAAGGUUCGAUGUUUAGUAUUGGAUGAAGCAGAUAAAAUAUAUCAAUACGGUUUUGAAGAGGACUUGAAACAAAUUAUUAAUAGGCUUCCUAAACAAAGACAAACAAUGCUAUUCAGUGCAACACAUGCAGAAACAACAGAGGAAUUGAUAAAGUCAGCGUUGAGAGAUGAUUUACACUCAAUUAACACAAAUGAAGACAAUGACAGGGCAACUGUUGAGGGAUUAAAACAAGGAUAUGUGAUCUGUGAAACAGAAUACCGACUCUGUUGGUUGUUUAAAUUAUUAAAGAAGACACAAAAUCUGAAAGUCAUGGUAUUCUUUUCUAGCUGUAAGUCAGUUGUGUUUCAUCAUGAAUUUUUUAAAAAAUAUUGCAAUUUAUCAGUUCUAUGUAUUCAUGGUAAAAUGAAUCAAACAGACAGAACAGCCACUAUGAACAAUUUUUAUAAAGCAGAAAAAGUAGCAUUGUUCUGUACUGACUUAGCGGCACGGGGCUUAGACAUACCUGCAGUUGAUUGGAUUGUGCAAUUUGAUCCACCGGCUGAUGCUAAUGAAUACAUUCAUAGAGUGGGCAGGACAGCUCGAGGAUUGGGGGCGGCGGGUCAUGCAGUUUUGUUGCUAAGGCCAGAAGAGAAAGAAUUUAUAGAAUACCUAAAGGAAGCCAAAAUCUAUCUAGACAAAUACGAAUUCUGGGAUAAAUUGAGUACCCUUCAAAAAAAGCUUGAUGUAGCAUUACAAAAUCCAGAAUUUGUUAAAAUGGCCGAAGAGGCUUUCGAAGGUUACAUAAGAGCGUUUGAAGUUAAGAAAUUGAAGCAUGUUUUUAAUUUGUUAACAAUGGACAUGGAAUCUGUGGCUAAAUCAUUUGGUUUGAAAGAAAAACCAGAUGUAGAUAUACGCGUUGGAUUUAGUAAAAAACACAGACCUAGAAAGCGGGCGAUGGCAUUGCUUACUACGAAUAUAUCAUCAGAAUCAACAAAACGAUUAAAAACAUGA